AUUUUGACAGCAGAACCAACUUCAGCGCUCAUGGAUCCUGACGACGGGCUGCAGUGUUAAUCUUGAGAUGGCACCCGGAGCCGCGUUAUUGUGAUUCGUGAAUUCAUGCCAUGUUUCAGUAGCGCGAACCACUAUGAUCUUCCAAUGUCGAUCAACCGAUAUACCGGGUCUCUCAUGCGCGCGUGUUUCUGGUUCCAGAAGAAACUUCUUAACCCCACGACGUCUCAAUCUGGCGGCCUCGGCGACCUUCUUUUCUUUUUCUUUUCGUUCUCGCAAGACAACCCCCAAGGUUUCAGGGAGUGUGCCGUGCCCCUCGACCCAAUGUCUCGGCCUUUUGAGAGACAUGGAUGAUUCGAGCGAAUACUAUGGCCUUCGGCCAAAUUCUGAAGACACUUUAUCCGGAAAUUCAUCGAGGCUCGGCCGUGUUGCUGGUGUUGCAAUUAUCCUGUGUUCGUUUGCCGCACCUGUGGAUUGGCUUCCCAAAAUCCGAACCGCUUCAGUGAGAAGAGCUCAUCAGCGGCAACUGUUAUGUCGGGCCAGCUCCCGAGCGCAGGAGUUGUUCCAACAAGACAGCGUCUUUCCUGUCCGGAUGUCCGGGAUGGCUCUUCGCUUCGUGCGAGGGCGAAGGAAUCAGAUGUCGGGACGACGGAAUUACCGCUCCAGGCGAGAAUUAUCAACUUCACGGCAGAGACCGUCCUCUUAUCCUGAAAUACUAGCCAACCACAGGCAUCCAAGAACCGAGGGUGAAGAGUCACAGGACGCCGGGGGGUCUGUCUUUGCGCAGAUCUGAUUGUCCACCUCAGGACAACUCGUCAACUUAAACCAGCCAUGUCAAGUCCGCCAUCGAUACUGACAUGAUGCCUUCAGAAUUACUACACGAUUUGCUAGCAAUCUAUCACCAGACCCGCCCAACUCGUUGUGUAGCACUUCCGCUAGUUCUGCCACACAAAAAUUUCAGUCCCAUUAGGCUUCUCGCCUCAGCAGUCAAAGCGGGCUGAUUUUGAAUUAAUUACUGACAGAUGGACAUGGCGAACGAACCCCUUUGACAAGACUGCAGGACGAUUCGGGCUCGCGAUAUACCUAACCAGUUGGCUGAGGUUGGGCGAGGUUGGACGGAAGGAUGAGGACCCGGAAGGCUGGGAGUCCUCGACGGCCCAAGACGACACCCUAAGGCGGAGCGCCUGCGCCUGUUGGCAAGACAAUAGGUAGGUACUGUACCUUAUUAGCUUGCUGACAUGUGCAUUGGGGAGAUGUUGCGUUUAUUUUGGAGAAGAGG